UAAAAAAAGCAGCUGAACCUGGCGAUCAGGAGGAAUAACUGAGUACAGAAGAAGUGGAAUUCGUGCAUAUACCGACCCGUGUUGGCUUUGUGGCGGAUUAACGAGUCGAUUCGGAGCUCUGUGUUGCUGUUUACUGCCUCUGAGCGCUUAGAGACGCUAAAGCGAGCUUGUUGUUCAGACACAAACAGGUCUCGCGCACACAAGUGGAGAUCCAGUGAAGUAACUAGUCGUUAACGAGUCGUUAACUAGUCGUUAACUAUUCAUAGAACCUGUAAUUCUCAUCACUUAGAUUGUGCAGCUAACUAACUACUCGGUUAGAAACAAGCUGUGUCGCGAGAUUAGCGUACAACUCGAUGAAGAGAUGAGGAAAGCUAGGCUAAACUUUCAGUAACUUUGUACCGAAACAUCAUUUAGCAUCGAUGCUAAUUGUACAAGCUGCUCCAACGGAAACCGUGCGCGAGACUCGAGCUGAACAUCUGAAAACAAUAACAAUGGUUUAAUACACAGAGUCGGUUUCCCCGGAUGCCAACACGACACAAUCGUUGAACUUUACUUCUCCACUCAGCCUGCGAGAAGCUCGUGGAUCAUAUUCUCGGUGUCCACUUGCAUGGUAUCAGCUUUUAAAAGUCGAUCCACGAGCAAGUAAACAACGGGCGAAGCCACUGACGCUCUCUUCGUUCACGCUGAUGCGUUCUGAACCGAAUCGUGACAUCAGAAUCAGAAUUAGAAUCAGGUUUAUUGGCUAAGCGUGUUGAUACACACAAGGAAUUUGGUUCCAACCGUUUGUGACUCUGAAAAGACAUCUUAUAAAGGACAUCCUACGCAAAAGGUAUCUCAAGGUUUUUAAGUUGUAUCCAGAAAGCAAUGUUGCUGUUGUUGAACUGAGCACCAUGGGAGGAUGUGUGGGGAGAGAGCGCCCGGAGUCCCGAGGCUCAACCCGCCGAGGUAGGGGCCAGAGAAAGCGUGGAGCCCGUAACGAACCUCUGAAGAAGGAUAAGCCCAGGUGGAAGAGCGACUACCCCAUGACAGAAGGCCAGCUGCGCAGCAAGAGGGACGAGUUCUGGGACACGGCACCGGCUUUUGAGGGCCGGAAGGAAAUUUGGGACGCCUUAAAAGCGGCUGCCGUGGCCGUGGAAUGCAACGAUCAUGAGCUAGCUCAGGCUAUACUGGAUGGAGCCAGCAUCACACUACCACAUGGAUCCUUGACUGAGUGCUAUGACGAGCUUGGCAAUCGCUACCAGCUCCCUGUCUACUGCUUGGCCCCACCGGUCAAUCUGAUCACUGAGAGGAGUGAAGAGGAUUCAAUGCCAGAAAAUUUAGACACACAAACAGCUCCCAAAAAAGAGUUUCAGCUCAAGGUGCGUCUCUCAACUGGCAAGGACGUACGUCUCAGUGCCAGCAUGGCUGAUCCUGUGGGCCUGCUGAAGAAGCAGCUGCAAGCACAGGAGGGCAUCGAAGUGGCACGUCAACGCUGGUUCUUCUCUGGUAAAUUACUCACAGACAAGACACGCCUUCAGGACACUAAGAUCCAGAAAGACUUUGUUGUCCAAGUCAUUGUGAACCAGGCCGACUAUUAGUGAGGAAGUGAGGACCAAAUAGGGCAGAAAUCACGGGAAGCGUGGGGGCUGCUUUGUGCUUUUUUUUUUGUUAGUUUUUUUUUUUUUGUUCCUCUUUUUUCCUCUCAUCAGGGAAAUAUAAUAUGAAAGAAAUAGCCAGCAUGUGGUGCCUUCUGUGCACUCUCAAGCAUGUUUUUCACAAGCAUGUUACACGCUGCUUUAACAAUCAACUACAAAAUGUCAUUGUUUGGAUUCUGACCAUCACUGUACCUCGCUGGAGCCAUACACUGGUUCUGUUUCAUUUUUGACAGAGAAACCCAGUGAAAGUACUGUGACCUCACUCAGACAGUAUCUUUUGAAACUUGCCUGGUGAGAAGUGAUUGUUGAAAUAGAGUGACAUGUGGGUAUUGAUCAGAAAGAGUCGUGUUUAUGCUUGCUUGAGCAAAGUGCCAAUAUCAGUGAGGCUUAAAAAAGCAAAAGCAAAAAUCUUUUGACCCAUGAUUCUGGAAAGGCCUAAGAGGAUUGUUUCAACCCAUACCUCAGCACUCCUGCUCCAGAUGAUCUCUCAAGGCUUUUAUUUCUUCUUUCAGUAUACUUUUUUAAAUAGAAAACAGGAACUCGAGCUUCAUUUGCACACUUGCUUAUAUGUAUGUAUAAGCGCGGAGGUGUAUUGUGCGCCCUUUUAAAGGAAGAAAGAAUUAUUCUUAUAUGCUGAUUGUUCUUGAGGUGUGCCUUUGUUUGUGUCAGCUUAAAGGCCAGCGUCUUCAAUAUAAAAUCUGGCUUUUUUUUUUAAAAUAGUGGCUGGCCCCACAAAUGUUGUCAUUUCAACCUUGUAGCCCAAUCAAAUUCAGAGCGAAGGCACAAUUUUACUAUGCAAUUUCUUUUUCAGUUCACAAAGUUGUUUUAUUUUAAUGUAUGCUAUGUGUAAAAGGAACAGGUUUAUCAGAUGAUUUUACGUGAUGUCCUAAAGGCCGUAUUACAUUUUCAAAAAAAGUGCAUUCGUCGAGUUGCACAAUUCCUGAUGUGACCUUUAUCUUUGCUGGUACAGUCUGGAGGAUAAAAUAAAAUGACUGCAUUUCAGACGCUCUGUUUUGGCUUUAUCUCUACUAGAUGUUGUCAUUAGAGUCUAAUGGAAAUGAGCAGAUAAGCUGUAGCCUAAAAAACCCAGCAGUGUCAGUGGCGGGGGUGGUGAUCAGGUAGCAACAAAGCACCAGUGUCUUACCAAAAGCAAAACCCCAGCAUUGAUAAAUCCCAGGGCAAAUAAAAACACAGUUUGUUUAUUUUUUUUUACUCCUCAGUCUGGUUACCUGUACUUUGUCCAGGGUAAAUUUAAACUUUAAAAUUAAAUAGUACAAUAAGCCAUAACUUUGUAAAUGAUGUCCGUGAAAAGGCGCUCGCACUUGUUUUAGCUGGCCUUGGAGUGUCUUAUUUUACUGUUUUACUGUUAGGCUCCUCCUCCAUUUUAAAGUCACUGCAUCCAAAUGAUCGUCAGUAUAAAGACCUCAUCCAUAACAUCGAUCUUUAUCUCAAAUCACACAAACCUUGUGCUUUUACAUUCGUUUAUUAGGAUUACACCAGAUCAUUCAUCGGACAGAGUCUAAUAUUUCAGGGUCUGGCUCUUUGUUAGGCUUUUCUUUUUCCCACCAAAUUAACCUAAUGUGCAAUACACUUCUCCUGUACUAUGACAGAACAGUUACUGCCUAAUGGGUAAGGCACUGCCCUAUCCUGCCGAAUCAUAGCUUCAUCAUUGUCCUGUUAUCGUCCUUAAUCCUGCUCAGUGUUUUGUUUUUGUUUGGAAGCGUUAAGAAGCUGCCCGAGACCGCUGUGUUGACUGUGACCUCUGCCGUUCAAACAGGUCUGAUUGGUUCCUCACAGUAAGCAGAAUACAAAACCCACAUGUUAUGACAACAGACCUGAAAGCUUGUUUUUUCCCCCCCAGCAUUUUAGAACAGUGACUUUCUGUUAUUACUAAGUAGCUGAUCAAAAAAAAAACCCUGAUGGCUGGAUAUUGUUUUGUACUGUUAUUGGUAACUCUUCAUAAUUGUACAUGGAACCACAUUGAUGUUCAUGUUAAACAUGAAAUGUAAAUGCGGUAGAAAUCUGUGGGCUAAUCAGAGAAUGUCUUUGUAAAACGGUCCAUGAAGGAAGUGUGUUGGACAUGUGUACGCCUGUACUUUGAUUAUAUUUUUAGCCUUAACGAAUGCUGUUCAUUAUGCUAGACGAUCUCUCAUAAGCAGACUUGUUUAAGAAUGCUGUAGAAGAAACAGACAUGUUUCAUCCUGCAUCAAUACUGCUCAUGGUUGACAAAUGAUUGUAUGGCCUGUGGGAGGAUCGGUCUGUUUCUCCUGCUCUUCGACUGUUCCAAAAUCUCCCUACAACAUACGAGGUUGAACAAGCGCCACAUUGUGACUGAAGAAAAACAGGAGUAUCCAUGGCUUUGGGUUGUGGCUCCUUCAGCUUUUCAGAGUGCUUUUGAAGAGCUAGCACGAAGACCUCCUUCCCUUUACAAGCAUCCAAAACUAUCCAUAAGCCAUCAUUCUCUUCUGUAGCCUGCUGUUGUUUUGGGAAGGAGGGGAAGAGAAACUUGAUUUGAACAAUUGAAAGACUUUUAUAAAUCUCAGAUGAUUAUCUGUAUAUUGAGAAUCUGAAACAUGGUAAAUAUGUGGUAUAGAAUGUUUACACGUAUGCAGCCCUUUGUGAUCAUUUAUAAGGCUUUUCUUCCUCACAGAUAUUUUAAGUAUCAAUAAAAUCACUCAAAAUACAA